UUUUUCUGUAUAUAUCGAAACUGUUUUCAUCAGAGAAACUAUUUCCGUAUCUGUACAUUAUCCUUAACUGAUAAUAUAGGACUGUAAUAUAUAACAUCAGAAUAUAUUAUUAUUAAAUGUUUUCAAAAAACAUUUUGAUUUGCAAUUUUUGUAAUUUUUUUAUUUGGAUUAGCGAUUUUUAUAGAGAUGAUAAUUUUUCUCCUUUCUUUUUUUGCUUGCAGGAGUAGCCUUUAUCAAAUUGUUCUUUUUCCUUGCUUAUAAUUAUAAACCAAUUUUUGUGUUUGAUAAAACUCAAUCUUUUGAAAAAGAAGUUGGACAUGUUGAUUACAAGAUUAGCCUUCACAGUGAUUGCACAGAUGUGGGAUGCUAUUCAUUUUGCUUUUAAGGUUUUUAAAAUUCUGUUGCUGAUUUCACUGCUUAAGGUGGCCUAUAAUGCAAUAUUUUUGGUUGUUGUUGUUAUUCAAAGGUUUUUUAUAAGAUCACCUGUCUAAGAUUACCAUUUUUCCCUUUUAGGAAGGAGUAUGUUAAAACAUUUGCCUGUGACUUGAUUUUAGAAAGCUUUAUAUAUGCAUUUAAUUUGUGAAUUUGUGCACUUAGUUUGUAAUUUUGCCUGAAAGCUAUUACAGAAAAAAUUCUUGUUUCUAGUUGUGUGAAACGCAGUCUUUGUUAAAACAUAAAGCAAAAUUUAAUUAUAUAACGAUGUAGAUUUACAAUUAUUUUUAGAAGAAUGAUUAACUCCACAUACCAGACAAAUAAUUCAAAUAUUGUUAACCGAAGUGUUUUAGUUGUUAAAUCCAAGGUUGCUCAGCAUGUUAGAAAUUAUGGAAAUUCUUCAAACAUAAAUUAUAAAGAGGAACACUUUCCUGUGCAAAAUGAAGAACAAGAAGAAGCAUCUAAAAUGGCAACGGAAUCUGUGGAGGAGAGUCAAAGUGAUGAAGUAUUCACACAGUACUCAUGCAGUUCUUUGCCACCUAACUAUAAAUGCAUUAAACACCCUGGAAAUAUAGUUGAAGCUGGUUCGUUAGCUGCACAGAAUUUACCAGUGGCAUCUUAUAACUUACUUGACACCUUACCAGAAUUUGUUAUUGGCGAGGGGAAGCUAAGCGAUUUGCAACUUGAAGGUAUUUUGUUUGCAUGUCAGCGUCAUCAACUCAUUCUUCCUUGUGGAAACCGGUCUGGGUUUUUUCUUGGUGAUGGAACUGGUGUUGGAAAAGGUAGACAGAUUGCUGGAAUAAUCUUGGACAAUUUUUGUCGUGGAAGGAAAAAACAUAUCUGGUUUAGUAUAUCAAGUGAUCUCAGACAUGAUGCUGCAAGGGAUCUUCAAGAUAUUGGAUGCUUUAUCAAUGUUAUUGAUGGAUGUCAACAACUAGAUAAGGGCAUGAAAGCGUUUGGUCUUGUUUCAGAUUUUCAAGAAGGAGUUUUGUUCUCGACGUACUCAACUCUAGUUUCAUCAUCUUUGAAAGAUCAAAAGAAAUCCAGCCGUUUGGAUCAACUUAUAAAGUGGUGUAAUAAAGAUUUUGAUGGUUGUCUUAUUUUUGAUGAAUGCCACAAAGCUAAGCACUUCUUACCGGGAAAAGAAAAAUCUAGUACUAAAGUUGCCCUUGCUGUGACAAUGAUACAAAGAUUGCUACCAAAAGCUAGAGUGUUGUACUGUAGUGCUACUGGUGUCACUGAUGUUAAGAAUAUGGCAUUCAUGGAACGUCUUGGAAUCUGGGGAGUUGGUACAACUUUUAAAGAUUUUACAAGUUUUUUAGACUCACUAACUUCAAGAGGAUUAGGUGCUCUUGAGAUGUUGUCCAUGGAAAUGAAGGCUGCUGGAAUGUAUGUUUCCCGCGGUUUAUCUUACCAAGAAGCAGAGUUUCAAACUGUGGAAGCCAAACUUACAGAAGAACAAAUUAAAAUUUAUGACAAAGCUGUUCAUGUUUGGAAGGAGCUGAAAAAAGCAUUGGCAGUUGCUCUUAAUCGCACUGCAAGUGCCAAAACAAGGGUGUGGAGCCACUUUUGGGCAUGUCAUCAACGAUUCUUUAAACAAUUAUGCAUGAGUAUGAAGUUACCUGAAAUUGUAAAACAAGCAAGGCAAGCAUUAUCUGAAGGUUACUGUGUUGUGAUUGGUCUACAAACUACUGGCGAGGCUAGUCUCGCUACUGAGUUGGAUCAAAAUGAUGGACAUAUUGAUAAUUUUGUAUCGUUAACGAGGGAGAUGUUAAGACGCUUCAUUAUUCAAUAUUUCCCGACGGAAAUAGCAGGAACUGGCAAAUUGCCUAAAAUUGACAACUGGUGUGUUGAAGCGAAAACUCUGUUGAUUAAUUUCUCUGAAAGGAUCACUUUACCAAACAGCCCUCUAGACGAACUGAUUGAUGAAUUAGGUGGUCCAAAUUGCGUAGCUGAAAUGACCGGUAGACGAGGUUUUGUUGGGCGUUAUUCAAAGAAAGAUAAACCGAGUUAUUAUUUACGAGGCGGAGCUUCAAAUAACGUCGAUAGUAUCAGCGUACAGGAGAGGAAUGCAUUUAUGAAUGGAGAGAAGCUAGUUGCCAUCAUAUCAGAUGCUGCCAGUACAGGUAUAUCAUUACAUGCUGAUGUACGUUCCAAGAACCAGAAAAGGAGAGUGCAUAUAACUGCAGAACUACCAUGGAGUGCAGACAAAGCAGUGCAACAGUUAGGACGCUCGCAUCGAUCUAACCAAAGCAGUGGUCCAAUCUAUAAGCUGGUGACGUCCAACCUUGGAGGCGAAAGAAGAUUUGCUGCAGCUGUGGCUAAAAGGCUCCAAUCGUUAGGUGCGUUAACAAAAGGUGAUCGAAGGGCUGCCACCGGUGCUGAUCUCACCCAGUUUAACUUCGAUACCCCAUACGGUAGACAGGCAUUAAAACUUAUGUACGAAGCUAUAGCUCAGCGGAAGUUGUUUGUUGGUUUGUCACUAGCCGAUGUAUGUCAAUCCGUUGGCAACGAUGUUAAAGAGUCUGUUGAUGGUUUUCAAGAUAAAAUGAAGUCAUGUUUGGUUGAUAUGGAUGUACUUGAGCAGAACGUUGUUGGAGCCAAUGUUUUAGACUUUAAUGCAAAAAACGUCGGAAAGUUUUUAAAUCGCAUUUUAGGGUUAGAAGUUAACAAGCAAAACCUGAUUUUUGGAUAUUUUUGUAAAUGCUUGGAUGCAAUGACGGAAGCUGCUAAGAAAGAGGGAAGAUAUAACGAUGGUGUGACAGAUAUCCGUGGUAAUUCGAUCACGUUAACUGGUCAACCCAGAGUAGUGUUUAAGGAAGCACAAUUGGGCUCAUCUGUAACUAGACACGUGUUAGUACUGGUGGACAGAGGUGUGCCAUUCGAACAAGCUGUAGAGAAGUAUAAUGUGAACAAACAUAACGAGAGUGGUUUUUAUCGCUCAAAACGAGAUCAGUAUGGAAGAAAACUAUACGUGUUGGCUAUCCAAAAAGAACGAUCGAAUCAUUUGUUCACAGUCAUGCGACCAAAUACUGGUAUGUCGGCGUUCGAAGAAGAGAAAGCCGACUUAUUUCAUAAAUACGAUCGUAUUGAACCCUUUGACGCAGAAAUCGGUUGGACAGAACAGUACGAAAGAACGAGAACAGGAUGUAUUCAUGGUAACAAAUGUAAACAUAUUACAACUUGUAAAAUUGGUAGUAGGAUUACAGAACUUCAUCUUUUAACUGGUCGAAUUCUAUCCAUUUUGCCUUCACUUGAAGCCGUUGUUGCUAAGUUCGCGCAUGCGCUACAGUUACCGCGAGAGCAUCGGAAUCUUCGAGUUGUACGUGUCGAGUUAGACAGCGGGGAGCGUGUAGUUGGUUUGAGGUAUCCUGACAUUUUAAUUUCGGAAGCUGAGAGGUAUAUUAAAGAACAGAAACUGAUGUUGCGGCAACAAACGGGUCAAAUAACCGAAAUCAUAACUGAAGAGGAAACACCUGUAAAUAAAAAAUCGCAAGUAAAGGCUUUUAAUAAAUCGAAAACUAUAAAGAGUUUUUUUACCGCCCCUGUGGAAGAAAAUGGGUGUACAAAGGAAGGGCGUUCAAAAAGUAGCAAUGACUUAAACUCAAUUGAAAACGCAAGUGUCACUGAGACCUGCAAUAAUUCAAGCAAAAAAGUAACUGAAUCUAAUUCCGAUAGUUCAAUUGCGCAUAAUCCUGGUAAAAAUAAAAAAAUGAAAAGAAGUCUGAGUAACAAUGUGACGUCAUCGCCACGUGGUAAGAGACAAAAACAAACAAAUUUAUUUAAUAUGAUGUUCACACAGAAUCAGAAAAAGAAAUCUCGCGCAUGCCCAGUAUGUCAAAAAUCUUUGGAAGGCAUUGGUAAUGAAGACAUCAAUAAGCAUAUAGAUUCGUGUCUUAUUGAUUGAUUGGUUGAUACGAAGCAGGGUUCUCGCGCCUUCUGAAAAUCCUAAAAAAUUCUUGAAAAAUAAAUCCGAAAAAAUCUUAUAAAAUCCUAAAAUUUCCUGAUUUUUUUGUGAAAAUUCUUAAAAAUUUUGUAGGGAAUAUUCAUUUGUCGGACAUAAUCUUUAUAAUGGAUUUUCUUGAUUUUCUUUCGUGGAAUAAAAGUCCAUAAUAGCUA